UUGCCACGCUGUGGCAUUCGAUCUCGUGCUCCAUCCUGGAGCUGUGCUUUAAAAACUCUGUGUACUUCCACCAUAAUGUGCUUAACAACACUUUAGCCCAAGGCCGAGUAGUAAUAGAUAAUGCCAUAUUCCUAUAAGGCCUACAAUUAAAUAACACCAAUAAUGUCGCUUCCAUGCUUAAGCUUUAGGCGAUGCAUUUUACUGACGAUGCUCAUAAUGACAGCGGCGCCAAUGCGCCAGGCGCCCAUCGAAGCGGAGGCGGACGACGCGCUGGCGACCUGGAACUGGCCAGCGGGCACAUCGAAAAACUCUUACCGCGAUUUUCUUGACAACGGAAGCCCUUUGCCGAAAAUUGAGGCUGUGGAAAUGGCGCCCGAAUUCGACGAUGCUUUGGUGAAGGCGUUUAAUUUCCCACGGCUUCCGAUGAACUUCAACAAAGGAUGGCGACUUUGGCAUCAACGCUACGAUAAGUAUUUAAAGGAGCUGCAGGUGCAUCGGACAUGGGUGGACGACGACCUGCAAUCUCCGGCUGAUGACACCACCUCGGGACAGAAAAGUGGCGAGGACGAUUUGCAGGCAUUGUUCGACCAACCGGGCUCCGCCUACUCCCGCACCAGAAACAAGCAACAACGUAAACAUAAACGCGAACCGUCCGAGGUCCGUCAGGGUCCACGCUAUAGGCCCUCCAUCAGUGCUGGAGUCAUGACCAAUCUGGGUGACUUCUUCAACCAGCUAAAGGCGAACGUGCACUUUGCGGAGCACUCGCAGCAACUGGGCGAUGCGGAGUCGCAGCUGCUUGAGGGCGAGCAUCCACAUCCGCUGCAGAAGAUCGACGAUACAGAAGAGGAUGACGAUUAUGAUUCCGGUCAGCCGUCCGAUCGUAAAACAUCCAAGCUGUUGCAAUCCGUACGCAGCUAUCGACCGUCGCAGAAGGUACGCUCGCUGGUAUCACGCAAUCCCAACGGAUAUCGUGGCUCCCAGUUCAUUGAUCCCAGUUACAUGUGGCUGGGCCUGGGCAAAUGACCAUAAGCUGCCGAAUCCACAGGUUACAACGAUUGAUUUCCAGCUUGCCCGCUCCCAAACUUUUCAAAUUCUUAUCUGUGUGUACAUAUACAUAUAUAUAUAUAGAGAUAUUUAUAUUUAAAGGCAAGCAUUAAAAAAUGCCCGGAAAAAUAGCAAAAAAAAUAUUUGAUCCUGUUACAACAUAUACGGUUAUUACGACACUACGCGUGCACCCUGUGCACACAUAUAUUCAAGUAUGCAUGUAUAUAUAUAUAUAUGUGGGGUUUAACAUUAAACAUUAAAUGUGAUUUUCGUUUUCAAA